AUGGAAGGAGUGGAGAUAUUUGAUUCACCAGGAAAGGGCAGAGGACUGAGGGCCACCAAGGAAUUCUGGGCUGGAGAUGUGAUCUUCACCGAGCAAAGCAUCUCAUCUGUUUGUUUUGACGGCCAUGCAGAGCGCAUUUGCCACAGCUGUUUCCGUAGACAAGACAAGCUCCAGAGAUGCGGUCAGUGCAAAUUUGCUCAUUACUGCGACAGAACCUGCCAGAGAGCCGGCUGGGCAGAGCACAAGCAAGAAUGUGGCGCUAUCAAGGCCUAUGGAAAAACACCCAACGAGAGCGUCCGUCUGGUGGCUCGGAUCAUGUGGCGCUUGGACAAAGAGGGCAGUAAAGUGUCCGACAUGCAGCUGACCACUCUGGACGAGCUGGAGGACCAUCUUGCCGACAUGCCGGAGGACGAGCUCAAAGAUCUAAAAGUGGACAUCCAUAACUUCCUGGACUACUGGCCGCGCAAGAGCAAGCAGCACACAAUAGAUGACGUCUCACAUUUAUUUGGAGUGAUCAACUGUAACGGUUUCACAGUGAGUGACCAGAGAGGCCUUCAGGCUGUGGGCGUCGGCCUGUUCCCAAGCCUCUGCCUGGUGAACCACGACUGCUGGCCCAACUGCACCGUGAUCCUCAACCACGGAAAUCAAUCGGCUGUGAAUACUUUAUUUCAUUCUCAACAGAGGAUCGAGCUGCGUGCAUUGGGCAAGAUCACAGAGGGAGAGGAGCUGACCGUGGCCUAUGUGGACUACCUGAACUUAUCCAAGGAGAGGCAGAGGAUGCUGAAACUACAGUACUACUUUGACUGCACCUGUGACCACUGCAAAAACCGCACCAAAGACGACAUAAAGAUGGGAGGUCGGGAGGUGGACGGAGUCAAGCCAACAGAAGAACAGGUGAAAGAAGCCUCAGAUUUCUGCUUUGAGAUGUUGGGCAAGAUGGACGCCGCUCGGUUAAAGGGCGACUAUCAUGAAGUGGUAAAAAUUUGCAGGGAAGCCAUCAAGAAAGCAGAACCGGUGCUGGCCGACACUCACAUCUACCUGAUCCGCUUGUGGAGCAUGAUGAGCGAGGUCCAGGCUUACCUCCAGUACAACGAUGACGCAGCCGAAUACUCUCGCAAAAUGGUGGAAGGAUACCUAAAAAUUUACCCCCAGAACCACGCUGGUCUGGGCAUGGCUGCCAUGCGUGCUGGAGUGAACCACUGGCAGGCUGGAGAAAUAGAAAUUGGGCAUGGAAUGGUCUGCAAGGCCUACGCAAUUCUUAUGGUCACACACGGACCCUUGCAUCCAAUCACCAAGGACUUAGAGGAAAUGAGGAUGCAGACGGAGAUGGAGCUGAGGAUGUUUAAGGAGAAUGAGUUUGUGUACCACUCCAUGAGGGAAGCGGCUCUGAAGAACAGACCCAUGACCAUGUUGAACGAGCCCAAGUCUGUGGAGGACAACAUCAAGAACCUCUUCCACCGGAGAAAAUGA